AAAAAAAAAAAAAAAGCAACUAAAAGCAAGAGAAGAAUCAUAUAUUGUUGAAUUGUGUGUACCACUUUGUGAAAUGUUAACAAUUCCACACCCCUCCUCAGGGAGCAAAUGAGGCCAGAGAGAGAUCAUUUAAACCCUUUGGUUUCAGAUCCCCUGCCCUACCCCAUGGUCUAGUGACCACCCUUCAAGAUGACUCAACGGCCUGGAACCCAUCCCCAAACCUGCCACUCCUGUUGGGUGCUCCUGCAAGUCUUCGGUAUUAAGGAAAAGCAGAGCCUUGGCUAUCAGACAGACUUGGUGUAGUCUGCUGAAAACAGCCCCACAAAGACGGCCAGGCCCUAAUCCCAGAACCUGUGAGUAUGUCACCUUCCUUGGCAAAGGGACUUUGAAGGUGUGAUUAGGUUAAGAAGGCCCUUGAGAUGAGGUCAUUAGCCUGAGCUGUCCAGGUGGGCCCAGGAGAAGCACAGAGGUCCUAUGAGAGGGAGGCCACAGGGUCAAAGGAGGAGAAAAGAAACUGAAGCAGAGACAGGAGAGAGAUUGCGCAAUGCUACAGAGCUGGCUCUGAACAUGGAGGAAGGGGCCACAAGCCAAGGACUGCGGGGGCUCCAGCAGGUACAAAAGGCGAGGAAAUGGCUUCUUCCCUAGAAGCUCCAAAAGGAACCGGCCCAACCAUGACAUGGGGCUUCUCACCUCUAGAAUUAUAAUUAAGUUGUGUUAUUUUAAGCCAUUAAAUUUACAGUAAUUCAUUACAAGCAGCAAUAAGAAACUCCUGUCCUUGGGCUCCCAUCCCAGCUCUUGCUCUCGCUGCCUUGGUCUCCUCAUUCAUAAAUAGGAGGAAGGGGCACUUGCGAUGGACAAGGGCCUCUCUGGCUCUCUCUGGCCCCAGGCUGUGACAAUGCCAAACGUCCAGCAGCACCCAUGUGGCGUGUGGAGGAUGCAGGCACCAGUGCACUUCCCCAUUUGCUCUGGAGGCGAGGCGAGGAUCCGGCCUGACCUUGACUCUGCUGCACUGGGAGGAGAUGAGCAGAACCCCAGCCACUUCCAGAGUAACAAGCAGCCACCCUGCACAGCUUUCUCUUUUGCUCGCACCACUUCCUCCUCGGCUUCCUGACUCAGCUGGGGGAUGGGACAGAGGCGGGCUGGCCUGGGCAGCCCAGAGGACUCUCAUCCAGCCCCUCAGCGCCACCAUGAGUGGGUCCCGACUCCCAGGCCCAGACAGGGGUGCUCCUGAACCCCUCCUGGAUGACCUCAUCGGCUACUACACGGACAGGGCAGAGGAGGGCCAGCUCAGGGUCUGCAGGCAAGCAGCCCUCAUCCGCAGGGCCCAGCAGCUCCUGGGCAUGCGGGCCCCGCCCCAGCUCUGUCUGCCGGAGGAUGUGGCCCCUGACCUGGAGCCCCCUCACUCGCAGGGGGCUCCCAGCUCUGCCCAGCACAUCUGCCACAAACUGGUGCGCGCACUGGAAUUCCUGGAGCUGAUCUCUGUCAACCUACUUCUGUCUCCCGGGAGGAAGGAAAUCAGGUCCCUGAAGACAUACACGGGGAAUUUUGCCUACUGGGUGCGGCCCGUGCUCUCCGAACACACUCUGCACGCGGCCCUGGGCAGGCUGGGCUACAGGGCCACCUCCAAGGCCGAGUUUUCACUGGUCCAGGCCGCCAGCGAGGAGGACACCAAGCAGAUGGUGUUUGAGAUCUUCCUGACCAGAGUCGCGUGUGAGGCUGUUCUCGGAACCUUGGGCGGACCCGUCCUCAGCGAGAAAGUGGCUGGGCGCCAUCGCAGGCCCAGCCCGGGGAGAGGGCCGGCGAAGACCCGCACCAGCCUCCGGGAGGCCCGGCCAAGCCUGAGCGCCCCCGCAGGGAUGGGGACGGACAGGACCCGGGCGGAAGGCGCUCAAGGUCAGGGCGCCCUGCCCAUGGCCUGGAGCCCGCCUGAGGUCCCAGUAGCCCCCCACAGUCCCCUCCCCGGCCCCCUGGUCCCUUUGGGCCCCUGGCGCCGUGCCAGCACACGCUCGGACAGCGAGGAGUUUCUGACCUGCUAUAGCGACCUCAUCCUGCACCAGACGCCCCUGUUCCCCGGGGACUGGUCCCCGAGCAGCCUGAAGGAACAGCAACUCCAGGGCCCAGCCCAGGCACCCGGCCCUCCUUUAGGGGAGGCAGCCACCACUUCAUGUAGCAGUGGCAAGCAGUUCCUGGUCCCCAGCGCAGCUCCUGAGAGCGAAGGGGUCACCAUUCGCGGGCAGCUCUGCCUGAGGCCAGGCCCCCAGUGGUCUGAGCAUUCCUUGGCCCCAAAGCCAGAAGCACAGACGGAGCCAGCCGCCCCUGGCACGUACGAUGCCCUUCCACACGCUCCUCCUGAGAUGGACCAGCUCUGUGAGCUCCUCGCCCACCUCCUCACACCCCCAAGUCCAGCAGACCGGCUCUGGGGACCCCGGGGCCCUGGGGUUGAUGAGAACAAACAACCACAGCCUCUCGUGGGGCGAGAGGCAGCCAGUGAAGGUGGCAGCCCAGACAGGGUCACUCAGCUCUGGAGGGCUCCCGAGGCCUCCUCCCAUGUACGAGAGCCCCCCAGUACUCACUAUGUCCCCCUGGAGGGGCCAGUUCCCACGCGAGGAUACUGCACGAGCCACAGCAGACACCUGGACUAAGCCGACUGCUUUCCCGCCAGAAAGGUGACCCUUUGGAGAGGUAACCCCUUGGAAAGGUGGCAGAUCCAGGACUACAGCAGGGGAGACAGCAGCCAAGGCCACAGCUUGUCAGGCACGGGACCAGGCUGCAGAUCCCACCUGGUCUCAGGUCCCAGACCUGUCACCUACAGACUGUGUGACUUUGGGCUUCUCACGCCACCUAAGCCCCGUUUCCUUCUGUAAAGUGGACGUGGUGUCAGAUCUACUUCACAAGAGGCUGGGAAUAGUUAGUGAGGUGAGGUGUGCACAGCAACAACCUUAGCGGGGCUUCCUGUCCCCUUCACCUCCCAGCUCAGUGUGUGACCUUGAACAAGCCAUCCUGCAUCUCUGAAUAGCAGUUUCCCUUGGCAUCCUUAAGGCAUCUGUCACAGGGCAGAUUGAGAGAGAGCUGUGUAGACCACCAGCCAGGUAAUACAUCCUUAAUCCAUUUAGGGUCCCCUGUCGGCCUCCCUUUGCUCUCUGCUAACUUCUGAUUAACAGAGAACAAGGCCCAGCUAGAGCCCAGGGUUAGCUCACAGGCCUGCUCUAUACCCAGGGUUGGGGCUCCACCCUCUGGGCUGCCUGGAGCGGGGCCCCCCUCCACAGCCUCUCCUGCCCCCAUAUGCACACAUGCAUGCACACUUGUGCACGCGCACGCGCGCACACACACACUUUCCUCAUGGGGGCCCCAAGAUAGACCGUCCUUGUCCUCCAGCCAAAACCCUCUCUCUUGGGGUAACAGGGCCAGCCCCUCAGCUUCGCAUCUUUGAAGUGGGGAGGAUGGCCCCUGCCUCCCAGGCCAGUGGUGAGCAAUAAAAGUUACAUCAGUAAAGGCCCCUUUGGAGUAUACAGAAGGUGCUUAAUAAAUGGUGCCUGCCUUGCUCUCCCCAGAGCUGAGCAUAUGACUCCGCCAUUUUCAGUCCCUAAAGAUUAAAGGGGACCACACGUGGGAAGGAUUUAAGGGGCACCAGCCCCACUUCCCUCCCAGGCAGACAGAGGGCCAGCCCCCACACAGGCUUUUUGAGACAAAUCAGGAAGCAGUCUGCACUGGGGAGAAAGGGGUGUACUGGUCACCCAACCACCCCUCCACCCACUUGCCUAUCCAUCUACCCACCCACCCAUCCAUCUACCCACCCACCCAUCCAUCAUCCAUCUAUUCCAUCCAUCCUCCCAUCCAUCAUCCAUCCAUCCAUCCAUCCUUCCACCCACCCUCUCAUGAAAAUUACCCAGCACAGCACCCAGCAGUUGUCACUCAAGCUGGUGAGCUGUCAAUGUCGGGCUGGUGGGGGGUGAGGCAGAGGGCGUCAGGAACCUUAGAAGGGAUGAAGACCCGGGAACCAUGGCAACCAGGGCUUCUCCUCAGGGCAUCUAGUCCUGGAUCUGACCUGCAGCCCGUGACUAUU